GUUGAUAAGGUACAUGCGUUUUUGAAUUGAAAAGUAUGGAUUGACCUUCUUGCCACCCUUAAUACGAGUUUGUCUGAGUUGUUGUUGUUGUUGUUGUUGUUGUUGUUGUUGUUGUUGUUGUUGUUGUUGUUGUUGUUGUUGUUGUUGUUGUUGUUGUUGUUGUUGUUGUUGUUGUUGUCGUCGUCGUCGUCGUCGUCGUCGUCGUCGUCGUCGUCGUCGUCGUCGUCGUUGUUGUUGUUGUUGUUGUUGUUGUUUGCUGUCGUUGUCGCUGUCGUUGCAAUUGCCGUUGUCGUUGUCGUUGUCGUUGUCGUUGUCGUUGUUGUAAUGUCACUCCUGAUGAAGACACUAGACUGGAGUGGUCGAAACGUUGGGUCUUGAUUACAAUUCGACUGGGCAUUGUAAUAAUUUAUUUAAAACCGAGUAGCGAGCGAAAACAUGAUUUUUGAAUAGUGUCAGUCUACCAUUAUAAAUGCCCGGCCAUCAUCGACACAGAUAACGAGGCGAAUUCCUAGAAAAGAAAGUGAAAUCAUUAUACCAUCACGGCGCCCUUGACGGCAUUACUGGUAGAAAAUCUUGAACAACGUCAAAAAUUGUGCAUUUACUUAUCUUAUAUACUGCAUGCUUUUUAUAUAUUUAUUUAUUUAUUUAGCUACGCCUAUAAUUACACAAUCAAACAACACGUACACCCAACCAUUUCUGUCCAACCUCAAAACGCGAAAACGUCAACGCAACGUACAUGAUAUAUUGCGAAAUUAAACCUAGGAUGGUUUAGUUUAAGAAUCAUGCACAUCCAUUUAAUACGCUUGAAUUUUAUGAGCCCAAGAUUGGAAAAUAUGGAAAAUUGCUUAAUUAAAAACUUGGCAUAGUCCUAUGCAAAACUUAUCGAAACGCAGCAAAUACGCCGAGCCUCCCACUUUUCAAGGUUGCACAAAAAGGUGACAUGCAACAAUAUAAAGUUGACAACAACAAAAAGGCGGGGACACCACAACAGCUUAAAAUCAAUUACUGUGGGCCCUUGGAUACAGAAAACACAGAACUACUAUAUAAAUUGAAAGUUGAAACUGAUGAUGGAUAUUGUGUAUACAGUGUAUUCAGUACUAAUAGCGGCACGUUAAUGGUUGCAUGAGUUUGCGUGAUGUGUUGCAUUUCAAGCAGACUGUUCUCCACGUUCUGGCGUCGUCCACAUCAUACGAUGUCUUGACAGCGUUGUGAUAAUAGUCCAGCAACAAUGUUCUAAAUCGUACCAGUGAUCAUGAAAGAAUUUUUGCCUUAGACUUUCUGGCAGAGAGUGGUAAGUUCUUAUUACUCUGAUGAAGAAAGAAUGUUGGUAUGUCAGCGUCUUACAUUUGCGAGGACGGAACGAGAGGACGUUGGUUUCAACCGAGGUUCUAGUGAGCCUUGAUGGGAUAAUUGGCUGUGGAAGGACUUCAUUCGAGACAGUUAAAAUGUUGUUUACAGCUUUAAAGAAGAACAUAAUGUCAAGGAACUCGUGCCAGUAGGUGAUUGGUAGUAAGUUUAAGGAGAUCAAUCUGUCUUUGUACGUUUCUCCGCACACGUAUGGUUAUUUCAGAAUGAACUUUGUAGCUCGUCUUUGGAUGCGUUCUGUCCUCGUAAUUAAGUCGAUCGAUUGUGGUGACCAGACUUGAGUGGCGUAAUCUAACGUUGAUCGAACAACUGACAGGUACUGUAUACGGCGUAUGUUAAUAUCUGUAAUUUCCGUUGCAGCCCUACGCAAGAAACCAAGCAUCUUGUUUGCCUUUGCACAGCGAUCGUGGGUAUGGUAAGACCAGCUUAACGUGUCCGUGAUCCAUAUGCCUAAAUCUUUCUUUUUUUCGGUUACCACCAGGGACUUGUUAUUGAUCUUAUACUCAUGCUUGAUGGGAUUCUUUUUCCUUGUUAUACGCUGACAUUUGCAUUUGUCUUGGUUGAAGACAAGGCCUGAAGAUGUUGACCAGUUCCCCAAAUUACUCAAGUCACUUUGUAAAGAUAUGGGAUCAGUAGUGGAAACAGGCCUUAACAUGAUUAUAAUUCAGUUUCGUGGCGUCUCUGUACAGUUUGUUCUACAACUUUAUUUGGUUUCAUGAAAAGGUGCCUUUUUCGUUUCAAUAUCUUUUUUCCCUCGUUUUGUAAAGUUGUAUUUUUCCAGAAAAAGAUAAGGCAGUUAAAUGUCGAGUUCAUGCUGACAAGUGUGCUUGACCAGAGGCCCCAACCUAGAACAACGUCGGUACUUAAUAGAGAUUUGGAGACCAGGAGUACGCAGUUGUGCAGCAGACCUGGGCAGCAGCAGAGGAAGAAACAUAGCGCAGCAAGAAGACACGUAGAGAUCCUUUUUAAAGUUAAUUUACUUUCUAGUGCGGACAUGGUAGCAUGAUAGUCUCCUUCACCCUGUCCUAGGGAAGCAGCUACACGAUUAUCAUUUUUUCUUAUUCGUCUUGCCAUAAUAAACAUCUUGUAGUUUAUGAAGAACAAUGCAAAAAACAUGAUUCCAAGAAAACAUGCUGGCGCCACCUGAGCAGGGAAGACGAAAUCUCUAUAAGAUAAAGUAAAUUUAACUAAACCUAAUACUUCGAGAAGAAAAAGUAGGGCAACUAGUCGCUUUCUUGUGACAGAUCGUUGAUGAAAGUACGGAUAAGUUAACGCUACAUAUCGUUCGACGUUCAUUGUCAGCAAAGUGAGUAAGGAUGACCCGUAAAAUAUGGCAGAUAUAUUCAAGUUGAUUGUGUGAAAUAUUUCAUAUUCCAUGAUACACCAUGAGAUGGUUGACAACAUUAUCAAAGGAUGUGUGAUGAUAACCACAGCACAGUCAAAACAAGCGAGAACGAGGAUCAUAAAAUAACAUAAUUUAUUUCGUAGCUGACCAGAUCUCCAGAAGCAUAAUAUGACUGUUGAGUUCAGAAAUAUUCCCGUUAACAUGAAAAUUGUAUUUACAAUACAGAGUAAAAUUGUGUUGAGUAAAAUGACUAGUUCCAUCCUUGCCUUUUGUUUUUGUCUCAGAAAGAAGACUUCAUUAUUUUAUCAUUAUAGUUUGUUUUAACAAUUAUGCAUAUAUUAUCAGAACGCGGCAUCGCUCGUUUGUGUUGUAACAUCUGCGCUAUUAGAAUAAUUAAGUGAAGAAGAAAUUAUGUUACAUAUAUCUUGGUUUGUGUUGCGAAAAACAAACAUAUUAUUGGGUAAUUAAAGUUUUCAAUUCGUCAGCCCAAGAUCUUCGUCAGUGUGAGCGCUGUUGAUGGGCUUACGGAUCGAAAGCUUUGCCACAAUAAGCUAAAUAAGAAAUACAGUGAUGUUUUCCACAAGUUGUAAGUGAUGAUUAUCUUGUCAGUUAAUCGCCAAGCAUCCAUGCAAAUUUGAGGAAAGUUAUAGAGUAAGAAUAAAUUAUCUUUUGUAUUGUGUUUGUUUACAAUGAUGCCAUUGAUUAUUUAUGAUUAUUAUAUAAAAUAUAGUGGAUAAGGAUUUCGAGCGCUGAUAAAACUGAUAAUCUCACAUGUGAGAUAAUUUAUGAUAGUUUCACAUGUGAAAAUUGUCGCUAUGUAUAAAAAUUAUCGCUUUUCAAAGACUGUCCUUUAUAUAAUAACAAAAUACAUAAUGCUUGGAAUACCAGAUUUAUUUCUCGUGUUGAACAUGGUAUCUCAUUCGUUCGCUGCGCUCACUCUUGAGAUAUCAUGGUCUACACUCGAAAUGAAAUCUGGUAUUUUCGCGCAGCCAAGUAUCAUUCUCUAUAUAUUCUCAGGUGCAAUGGUGUGCAUCAAGCAUUAUAUAAACAAUUUAGAUGAACAUAAGAUCAUUAGCCACAUACCUGAAAUCUUUAAGGUUACAGAACACCUUUGAGAGAUAAUUUUGCCUAAAAUUUUUUUAUUGGUUUUCAUGAAAGCAUUAGACUAGUUCUAUUAUCUGACAAAGUUUGAACGAAAAAUGUUGUAACCUCGCAGAGUUAUUCAAUAAAGUUCAUUUUGCUGCAAUUAGAAAAACAUUGAAAAUGUAAUAUUCAAAUUCAAUUUUCUCCCAAAACAUUUUACGGCGAUUGCUGAUUUUCAAACGAAUCGUUCCCCUGUGGCUUUCAACGAAUGUUUCUUAAUUUUUAACAGGACAUAGGUAAAGACGUCUGUUGCAAACUUUUUGUUCGGCUAUGUUCUAAUUUUGGAUAUUUUAAUAAUAAGGAGCAAUUCACUCAAACGAUUCAGAAAUAUAUUGCAGUCGUCAAAGAAAUCGCCAUAUCAGCGGAAUGACACAAUUUUUUAGAACAACUAUUUUACAGUAUAAAAACGAUAUUUUCAUAAAUAUAUCUUAAAACCAGCAGGAACACAAUUCAAAAGCGUUAAGGUACCGCGAUUUAAGAUUUUCCUGAAUAAUUCUUACAUUAUUUUAUUGUUUGUCAAUUUUACAACUUUAUCAUAUUCUGCAUGCACUGACUAACAUUUGGUGAAAAUUUGAUGAAAAUCGGACAGACUUUAAGCGCGCAGUAGCGAUUUUCCGCAAAACGCCAAAAUGGGUGUCCUGUAGCCUUAAUUUAUGGUAAACCAGUUUGCACACUAUUUUCAGAAUGUGUGGAUUUUUGCAAUUAGAAAAGUUCCAAUGUUUCCGACAUAACUCUUUUUCAAACGAGCCAACGGCGCAGAGCGCCGUUCCGGGCGUAAGCCCUGUGCGAGAGUAGUAAUUCCGCCCGGCUAUUUACACCCGGAGAAAGGAAAGCAUUAGCAAAGUCUAAAGUUCAUCAGUAAUCGCGGGCGCAUGGCUAUGGUUCACCGUGCGUGAGUGAAACCUCGUACCCAGGGCAUUUUGCCUCCACGGUUACUGAGAGGUUGGCGUGGGGUUGGCGUUAGAUCGUAUCGAACAAACGUACUAUGACGUCAUAAUUUCUAAAAUACCUAAAGUGCAAGUAAUCCUGUUUUAAAAUACUUAAUUAUUACAGAAAUUGCGAUGACACCGAAGUGAACGAAUACGAUAUUGUUGAUAUAUGUCAUACUUUACAUAUUGUAUAUUGUCAUUUGUCAAUAUGUAUCUGUCUUAGCUCAAUUGAUUUACUUGAUGAACGACGUUUAUUACUAAAUUGCUAUGCUUACAGGUUGAUAAGGUACCAACCUCGUUCCCAGGCUCUUUGCUCUUGUGAAGCAAAGACCCUGGUCGGGGCUGGUCACGUGGACCAUAGAAAAUUGAUAACCUAAGAGGGGGAUGGAAAAGUAUCAAAUUACAUGUUUCCACUUCCGCACCUCACACUUCGAUUGCAAGGAGUGACCGUUCUAUACAAUCAUCUUUGAGAAUCAUAUAUACUUCAAAAUACUUGCUAAAUUGGUUUCUGUUUGCUUUCAAAUUAUACAAACAUGCUAAACUGUAGAUUCUUAUAGCAACAAACAAGUCAGAAAAUCAAGCAACGAAAACGUAUGAUCGUAUAUGCUUGGAAAUAUUUGCCCUUUUAUUGUCUCGCGGGGUUAGGGCGCAGUUUCAUUUCACGCGUACGUUUCUGUAUCUGGCUCUGGUUCAGAUACGUAUAAUAUUCUUAGAAUGUGCCAUUGAAUUGUUAUCAUAUGGAAAAGGUAUAAAUUUUGUUAAAUAGAGGUCUCAAAAGCGACUGUGUAGGUCGUAGGCGCUGCGCCUUGCUGGUCCUACAGCAAACGUUACAUAUUUGGACACUAGCCAAAUAGACAUUGAAUGCCCAUUCUAUUGAUUCUAAAACGGUUUAUAGACAUAGUGCUCUAGAUUUUUUUAGAAAGGUUAUUAUCGUUUAUAUUCAACACAAGGUAGGAAGGAGUGUUAACGUACAUGUACAAAAUUGUUUGGGAUCAACAGUAAAGAAUUAUACGACAAUUCACAACUGUAUGCAUUUCCUUUUUUGUCUGCACGAGAAUCUGUUUGUUGAAGCCAAAAUCAGAUUGCACAGAAUCUCCGAUAUGAAUUAUAUAGCCAUUCACCCUCGCCCCUUGAAUGCAAAGGAAUGAUAGCCGAAAAGGUUUAGCAAAGUAUUUUUUAUUAUAUCUGGUAUAAAGUGUCCCUACGUUUUAUCAGGGAUAUAUAUCCAUAAUUCAUAAACUGCAUAUAUGCGCACGAAGUCCAGCACAUAGAAUUACUUAAUUAAUGAGUUUUAAUAAGCCUGUUAAAGUUUCCAUGGAUAGAUAGGUUGUUUGCCUCUAGUAUGGUUUGGUGAAACUGCUAAAAUGUCAUUUAUAGAGUAUACGAUAAAGAUUAUUUAAAGUUGAUUUAAAUAUUGAUGACGCACAGCCAGGGGCGGAUCCAGCUCCUGAGCUGACUGAUGCAUACAUAAGAACUCGCAUUUGUCGGGGGGUCCGGGGGUAUCCUCCCCCGGGAAAUUUUGAAAUCUAGAACCUCGGAAAUGCGAUUUCCUGCGUUCUGAGCAAACUCUUUUGUUCCAAUUCAUACAUCAGAGUCACAAAAUUAUUUGCUGCAUUUUUGGAAAGCACGUAAAAAAUUGAACCUAUAUCGCAAAAACAACAUAAUUUUUCCAUAUAAGAAAAAAUAUUUGCUUGUACAAGUGUAAUAGCAGCAGCGGUACAUAAAUCUCUAUUAAAAAAUAGUCAGUACUUACUACUGUGCUUCUUGUAGCCUUAACUUUUCUAUUGAAAAACAUUUCGGCAAAAAUCACGACAACGCAAAUACACACAUACGUGUAACAAAGGUGUAUACAGUGUGAUCCACUAGUUGCAAUGUUGGACUCAAAAGACAGUGUUAUUAGGUUUCUUAACCACCUUCCCUGAGGCUUAUUCAUUUCCACUAAUUUGCAAUGUUCCAUGAGUAAAAUUUUUUAGCAUUAGAAUGAUGCAUAAAGGUAUUUUGUGCUAUAGUUGGUAAACUUAUAUACAACUUUGUCUUAUGCUGCUAACCUUACUCUGUGUGGACAGUGUUGUUGGCAUCAGUAUGUCAACUUUAUUCACCCCUAGCAAUAGAUGCCUUUGAUGUAAAUUGCAUAUUUGCAUGGUGACUAGACCACACUCUAAAUUACUGAGAAUAUUGCCCUGUCACCAGGAAACCAGUAAAACUAACACACAAAAAGCACUGAGUUUUAAAAUUCUAUAAGUAUAACUAUAGUACACAUGACCCCAAACUUUAAAUCAAUAGAUAUAUAUAUAUAGUGAUACUGUGUGUAAAUUGAUUUAAUGAACUAUCUUAGUUGAAAAUUGUUUGUCAAAUGAACCUACCAAACUGUACAAUGAUAAACAAUAUAUGAUGACAUAAUUGAAUCAUCAGAUGUCUUCUAUCAGCCUGAGUCCCCUUUUGCCUGCCUUUCAACUAAUAUAUUAAUAUAGUACUCUUUUAAGAUGAUGUCAAUGUAGAAAGGCUGUGCAGUAGUAUUGAUCAAUAUUUUCCCUGUGUUACUAUAUAAAUGCACGUCUUCGUCAAAUAUAUCCGUACACUUAUCAAUGGUAAUCCUCAGAGAGCCAUGCUGGCUAUCCAAAACAUAGUAUUGGGAGAAUUAAGCACUACAAAUAUAUAUAAUUUAAUUAAAUCUAUACCACUUUUGUGAGCAAAUUUCAUAAUUAUAACCUAUAUACACCAGUUACAUGCAGUUAUAUACAGUAUUUAUAACGUCCAUCAUUUUAUCAUUCUAAGAUUAAAGUCAACAGAAUGACAUAUACAGCUUAUAUCAAAUUAUAUUUGCACCAACAAAGCAUAUGUACCAAACUAUGGUAGGCGAGCACGCCCAGGUAAUGAUCUUUGUUUGCAAAAUAUCCAGUGUACAGUAAUUGCCCAAUAACUCAGGCAAUGCAAAGCAAUUAUACUCUUGUCAUGAGGCAUGCCAGCUCAUUUCCAUAUAAAAUGAAAUGUAAUGUUUUCUAACCAAUAUUGCAUCACUAUUAGAAAUCCAGCUCAUUAACCCAUUAAGCGCCAGCGCUCUCCCCUUGACGAGUAAAAUCGUCUGGCGUUAGACAGUGUAAAAUACUAAAGUAGGGUGCAUCAGGGUGCAAUGCGACUCAAUGGGUUAAUUAACCUGCAAUAUUAUUAUGCAUUGUAAUUACAUACUGUACAGAGCCUGAUGCAAGUCUUGACCCACACCAAAGUUUUAUUCUUAGUACCGGUAUCCAAUCAAAAUGUGCCAGGCGAAAUGUCAAAUUAUUUCACAUAAUUUAACAACAAGCUAAAUAUAGUUACAAUCACUAUUUAAUCUAUCAUUAUUUAAUUAUAUAUAGCACCAACCAAAAUAUCAAAAAAAUACAUUAAAUAUGGCAUGAAUACUCAUGCUAGAAGUAGCCGGCAAUCAGAGUUACAACCAUAAAGGCAGUUGUAGGACACAAACACCCAAUAACAUGUGACUUUAUCAGGUCUUCAUUUUUCUUUGCCCGCCAGCUGUGAGAAAAAUGAAGGUCUGCAUGGGCACAGGUUAUAUAAAUCCCAUGUAAACAGAGAUGAAAUUUGCCUCAGUAAAGCAAGCUGUCAAGUUUGGUAAUGGGGCUGGUUUGCCUCCAGACAAACAAAUCUCUGUAAAUACUGUAAAAUGUCUAAAAUGUCAAACUACCUCAUCCCCCCACCCCCCUCACAACCCCCCUCCUGGUAUGAACAGCAGUAUCAAAUAGACACAAACUUUAAUUAUUAUGUUAUAAAUACAUACAAAUCUACAUUAACUGUGGAGCCAAUUUUCCACUUUAUGCACUUCUUGAACUGAACAAUUAACAAUGUACUACAAUGUAAAAUAUACAUAAAUUCCACUUACUUUAGAGCCCUAGUGGCCGUAGUGGGCAUCUCACAUUCUCACAGUAUAAAUAUACUUCAAUUCUUGUGCUCACUGCUCAGUUGAAAGAUCAAAUUCAUUCCAAACCUUGGUAAUUAAUUCGACUGUAACUUAAUUGCUCUCCAUCAUAUUCGAGGGAUAUUUCUUCGCAUUAUUUGUUCAUUUGCAUAUAGUGUUUGCAUAUCCUUGCCGCCAUGACUUGAAUCGAAUGCCUCGUUACGUCACAGUAGAUUUUGAUUUUGAAAUUUGCAUCAGUGAACUGAUGCGAGCGCCCGCAAUCUGCAUGCGAUGCAUCGCUCAGCGGACUAAUCUACCGUGACGUAGGGCUCUAAAACAAUAGAUUUGAUGAUGUCACAGUAGAUUUUACGCGGAAAAGGACUCGGGACCGAUGCAUUCACUGAUGCAAAAUGGCUGAAAAUCGAUGCAAACAAAAUCUACCGUGACGUAGGUGAUGCAUCAGCUUUCUACUGUGACGUCAAAGGAUGCGGUUAAAAAUAAUAUAUUUUGUCGCGAAAUUAUUCACGCUUAAGUGUCGCAAAAUAAAAAGUAAAUAACAGAAAAUACUUUUGCGAUCGCACGUCGCAUAUUGGACUUAUUUUGACAAUUUCGACUGUUAUUGAGACAAUUUAAAUUGGAUUUCAUCCUAAAUUGUGUAUUCCCGACAUGGACAGUCACAUGGAGUCAAGUUUAAGCAAAUAUUUGCGGUUUGAUAGCUGGAGAGAUUCAAAGAUAUUCUAUUACUGAGUGCUUGACUAAGUAUUGACGACAUAUUAUUUCAAGCAACAUGAUUUCUCAAUUUUGACCGAUGCAUUCGCAUCGUUGGCAUCGGUCUGGAUCCGCCCCUGCGCACAGCAGCAUUAUACAAGUCGAAAGAAGCUGUCGGGUUAUUCAAAUAUAAAGCACUGAAUGGGCAAUGGGAAUGAAACGUCUUUAUAAGGUUUAUAAUGUACCUGCUGUAAAUUACUGUAAUACACAAAAUAUGAAAUAAUUUACUAUGAAGUACAAUACCAGUGUCUGGUGCAAUCUGGUGCAUAUAUCGUCCUAAAUAUUCAAGUUAUAUGUACCGCACGCACGGAAACGCACAGUGGUCUUGGUGUUCGUCUGAUGACAGAUAGCUAUACUUCGAGUCUUCGACAUAAUCAUUCUUGAUCGUUGAGUUUCAGCAAUGUAAAUGAAAGGAAUUUUACAGUCCAUAUAAACGGUUUUAAUCGUGUGCUUUCACAGCAAGAUAGCACUAUUGUUUACACACACAGUUAGCGAUGUUUGGGAAAUCUUCCAUUAUAAAAUAAAUCCUUUGGCUUUGUUGAAUAUCGGAAAGUAUACACUUCAACAAUAAACAACCAUAUCGUUCAUUUAGUAUCGUUUGAUCGUCAGUCGGUAUAGAAUUGGGAAGACUUAUAUGUUUCUACGGCGAUGCGUGCUCAACGUCGCAAGCCAGGCGCGUGUGGAGUCCUUGGAAGUGAAAUAUGAUCCAGCUUGUCGCUUGAAAUAUACCGGCAACACUUAUUAUUGAUGACAUUCAGUAUAGCAGGAAGUUGUGUCAUUAUGAAUACGAAUUUAAAACUAUUCCUUUCACGAUUUCUUGUUGCAAAUUACAUUUUUAUCACCCGAAACUAUAACACAUAAAAUUGCAAUUUUCCAAACGUAGCAAACAGACUCCUCUACCACCCCUUCCUGAGAUCAAUUCAAUUUACCACGCAGAAUCUGCGGGGUCACGUGACCAGCCCCGACCAGGGUCUUUGCUUCACAAGAGCAAAGAGCCUGGGAACGAGGUUGGAUAAGGUACAUGCAUUUUUGAAUUGAAAAGUAUGGAUUGACCUUCUUGCCACCCUUAAUACGGGUUUUCAAUCUCCGCGAAGAGCCAGGCAAAUGUUUUUGAAAAUCUGUAAGAGUUGCUUGUUGUUGUUGUUGUUGCCGUUGUCGUUGUCGUCGUCGUCGUCGUCGUCGUCGUCGUCGUCGUCGUUGUUGUUGUCGUUGUCGUCGUCGUCGUCGUCGUUGUCGUCGUCUUUUUCGUUGUCGUCGUCGUCGUCGUUGUCGUUGUUGUUCGACUGGGCUUUGUAAUCAUUUAUUUAAACACGAGUAGCGAGCGAAAACAUGAUUUUUGAAUAGUGUCAGUCUACCAUUAUAAAUGCCCGGCCAUCAUCGUCAUAGAUAAGGAGGCAAGUUCCUAGAAAAGAAAGUGAAAUCAUUAUACCAUCACGGCGCCCUUGACGGCAUUACUGGUAGAAAAUCUUGAAAAACGUCAAAAAUUGUGUAUUUACUUUUCAUAUAUAUUGCAUGCUUUUUAUUUAUUUAUUUAUUUAAUUUAUUUAGCUUCGCCUAUAAUUACACAAUCAAACCACACGUAGUUCCAACAAUUUCUGUCGAACCUCGAAACGCGAAAACCUCAACGCAACGUACAUGAUUGCGAAAUUACACCUAGGAUGGUUUAGUUUUAGAAUCAUACACAUUCAUUUAAUGUGCUUGAAUUUUAUGAGCCCAACAUCGGAAAAUAUGGAAAAUUGCUUAAAACAUGGCAUAGUCCUAUACAAAACUUAUCGAAACGCAGCAAAUACGCCGAGCCUCCCACUAUUCAAGGUUGCACAAAAAGGUGACAUGCAACAACAUAAAGUUGAGAACAACAAAAAGGCGGGGACACCACAACAGCUUAAAACCGAUUACUGUGGGCCCUUUGAUACAGAAAACACAUAACUAAUAUAUAAAUUGAAAGUCGAAACUGAUAAUGGAUAGAGUGUAUACAGUGUAUUCAGUACUAAUAGCAGCACGUUAAUGGUUGCAUGAGUUUGCGUGAUGUGUUGCAUUUCAAGCAGACUGUUCUCCACGUUCUGGCGUCGUCCACGUCAUACGAUGUCUUGACAGCGUUGUGAUAAUAGUCCAGCAACAAUGUUCUAAAUCGCACCAGUGAUCAUGAAAGAAUUUUUGCCUUAGACUUUCUGGCAGAGAGUGGUAAGUUCUUAUUACUCUGAUGAGGAAAGAGCGUUGGUGUGUCAGCGUCUUACAUUUGCGACGACGGAACAAGAGCACGUUGGUGUCAACCGAGUUUCUAGUGAGCCUUGAUGGGAUAAUUGGCUGUCGAAGGACUUCAUUCGAAACAGUUAUAAUGUUGUUUACAGCUUUAAAGAAAAACAUAAUGUCAAGGUACUCGUGCCAGUAGGUGAUUGGUAGUAAGUCUAAGGAGAUUAGUCACUUUGUACGUUUCUCCGCACACGUAUGGUAAUUUCAGAAUGAACUUUGCAGCUCGUCUUUGGAUGCAUUCUGUCCUCGUAAUUAAGUCGAUCGAUUGUGGUGACCAGACUUGAGUGGCGUAACCUAACGUUGAGCGAACAAUUGAGAGGUGCAGUGUACCUGAUACGCCAUCUUAAUAUCUGUAAUUUCCGUUGCAGUCCUACGCAGGAAUCCAAGCGAUCGUGGGUAUGGUAAGACCUGCUUAACGUGUCCGUGAUCCAUAUGUCUAAAUCUUUCUCUUUUUCGGUUACCACCAGGGACUUGUUACUGAUCUUAGUUAUACUCGUGUUUGAUGGGAUUAUUUUUCCUUGUUUUACGCUGACAUUUGCAUAUUGUAGAACUAAGGAAGUUAGCAUCUACGCAGAGGAGGAGUGAGGACUAUACCGACAUGAAACGAGGUCAAGCGCGUUUUUUUUUACAUAUUAUCGAUUUCUCGCUCUGCGCAGUCAUUGUUCGGUCGGCUUUUGCUGAGUUUACGCCUCGAGGUUUCAAGAGAUUCAGAAAAGAUUUAUAGAACAAAAAAGGAAAAUGGUGAAUUUUUGCACUAGCAUGGAAAGAAAACUUCGUUUCUGGGUGGACACGAGCUUCUGUGUGUUCCGAGGUGUGUUCACUGUGUGUCAAAACAGCCUUUAAUAUUCAUUCCGGAAGGAUUACCGUGUGAUGAUUGAUGAAAUUGUUCGCAGAUUGCUGUAGUCUUGCACUGGUACAAAUUCACUGAUUGUUUUCCUUUAAUUUCCAAAUAUGUUUCGAAAGUUCCGUUUUGUUUGAGUCUUUUUUAUGACGAAAAGAUGAAGUGUUGUUAGCGUAACGUUCCUUAAAUGUAGUCGCUGUCAUACCAAUGUAGUGUUUUGUGUCGUUCGUGUUGUUCGUUGUGACUGUUGCUUUGUAAAUAAUGUUGUUGGUCAUGCAUUGUUUCGGUAGUGGGCAAGUGUUUUUGUUGUCGCAGUUACAGUUGUCAGUUUCCGUAUUCUGUGAUUGACUGUUCCUAAUUAUAUGUGCGUUGUGUUUGGUGAUUAUAGACUUAACGUUCUUCAUGCAACUGUAGCUUACUUUUAAAGUGUUUCUGUUAAAAAUCUUGUGUAGUUUGUGCUGUAAUGGGAAGUGUUUGUCAAUUAAACUUAAGAAUUCCCAUCCUAUGUUCGUGUUAACACUCUUACUAAAUGGUGGGUUGAACCAAAUUAUGUUGCGUUGCCUAUUCCUACGUGUCAGUUGCGGUGCAUUCUGAGUGUACGUAAAUUCAUGAUCAAAGUUACUAUGUGUAAGAGCGUUUUGGUAAAUAGGUGUGGAUUCCUUAAAUGUUUGUUCGUCCGAUGAGAGAAGUGCAAUGCGUUUGUUGAUAGCUGUAGGUAAUUGUCUUGUAAUGCUUGGUGGAUGGUUUGAGUGUCUGUGGAUGUACAAUGGAUCGUCAUUGGGUUUCCUGUAUGGUUUGUGUUUUGCGUUGAUCAAGUCGAAAGUGACAUCUAAAAAAUUUACAACGUUCAUAUUUACUUCGGCGGUGAUUUUAAGAUCAAAUUGCUCGAAAAUUUUGUGUAGCUCUUUUCUAGUUUUGUCUAGUAAACGGGCGGAUUUGCUUUUUAUAAUAGCCAAACCAUCAUCUCUAUAAAGUCCGAUGUUUUCCUUGCCAAACCUCUUACCUAAGUGAUUUAAAAUGAAAAGGCCUACCAGCUCACAAAUUUCAGCGCCGUCGAAACUACCCAUAGUGACGUCAAAUAAACUGUUGCUUCCGUCUUUUUUUGUCCAUAAUUUGCCGUUGCCGAAAAGUAGAGAUUUUCUUGCAUGUUUUAUUAUUGAAAUAUCGUUUUCGGUAAUAGUAGUCAAAUCCGAAGCCCAGGCCAACGCUUCAUUUAAAAGUUUUUCGGAAAUAGAUGGGUAAAAAUCCACAAUAUCAAAUGAAAUAAAACUAUGCCUGUCUUUAUCGUUUAUAUUGCCAAACCAUGAAAUUACUUGUUGCGUAUUUCUCCAUUGAUUUGAAUUUAGUUUUUGUCUCAAAUUGGAAUUGAUUUUAUCUAAAAUAACCUUACUUAGUUUUCCGGAUUCGCUUUUUGCGGGAUUAUAUUAAUUAGUCGGCAUUUUGGAUUGUUUUCGAAAUUUUCUUUGUGAUCUUUUAAAGAUAUAAAUGCUUCGCGUUUUUUCAUUCGUUCAAUUCUGUCGCCAAUUCCUAACCUACUCGAAAUUUCUUUCAAUUCGGAGUCAAUUUCAUGUAUGAAGUCCUCUGAUCCAUGUUUGUACGUUUUCGUGAUGUUAUCAUGUAAGAGUUCGUUGUAUGUGUUCAGUGACGUUUCGUAAAUGUUUCUAGUUUUGUCCGCGAAAAUGAAAAUGUUGGGGAAUGAAUUAAUUUUCUUCAAAUCGUUAGCCAAAGAUGUCUGAAAUUGGUCUUUAGGACGCCGGAAUUUUACGUUUUCAAUUAGUUUUAUCAAGUCGUCUUCGAAAGGUUUCAAAAGUGGAAUUGAAGGAGGCGAUUUGUUAGACGAAAGGCCGAAAAGGUUGCUUUGGUUUUGAGUCGCUGAUCCUUUUAGGAAGAAAUUAGCUUUCCAUCUCAUACGUUUUGUUACGCUUUCCACUUUUUAAAUCAAAUUCUUUAGGUAAGCAUCCUGUGAUGGUAUAGGAAUAUUCUUUAGUGAAUAAUCGAAUCGAAAUUGUCGCAUGUUUGAAGUAGAAAUGAAAUGAAUAACGUAUAGACAAAGUGCACAACCGAUUACCGGGUGCAAAUAUAGCUUAAAAUUUUGUUUUACGAAACACAAACAGUGCUCAAUACCAUAUAGAUAGAGCGUAAUAUAGUUUUUCGUUUUACCUCAAAGAACCACAACAGUCUGUUUCAUCCGUAUAGGAAUCAUCAGGUGGUGAAUAAUUUCGAAAUUGUAGGUGGCUUUUAUGCUAUCGAAAGAAUGUGCGGAAUGCGUGUAGGCGAAACAAUGCUUAGGUGAAACAAUGCAUGCUUGGGUCAUUAGGUUUUGUUAACGACCUUGUUUACUCGAAACCGGUUUUUGUGACGACAUUUGCCGAAAAUUUCGCUUCUUUUAUUGAGUAAAUUGUCUUUGCUUAUGUCUUUCAAAAUGCAAAAUUUUUCUUCCAAACAUAAAUUGCAGCGUUUUGAUCCCCCUGUGUACGAAAUAGCGUGUUUUAAAAUUGACCAUUUGAUGGUAUAAUCCUGAUUGUUUUCUUUUAAUUUCCAAAUAUGUUUCGAAAGUUCCGUUUUAUUUGAGUCUUUUUUAUGACGAAAAGAUGAAGUGUGGUUAGCGUAACGUUCCUUAAAUGUAGUCGCUGUCAUACCAAUGUAGUGUUUAGUGGCGUUCGUGUUGUUCGUUGUGACUGUUGCUUUGUAAAUAAUGUUGUUGGUCAUGCAUUGUUUCGGUAGUGGGCAAGUGUUUUUGUUGUCGCAGUUACAGUUGUCAGUUUCCGUAUUCUGUGAUUGACUGUUCCUAAUUAUAUGUGCGUGUCUACGUUAUUCAUUUUAUUUCUACUUCAAACAUGCGACAAUUUCGAUUCGAUUAUUCACUAAAGAAUAUUCCUAUACCAUCACAGGAUGCUUACCUAAAGAAUUUGAUUGAAAAAGUGGAAAGCGUAACAAAACGUAUGAGAUGGAAAGCUAAUUUCUUCCUAAAAGGAUCAACGACUCAAAACCAAAGCAACCUUUUCGGCCUUUCGUCUAACAAAUCACCUCCCUCAAUUCCACUUUUGAAACCUUUCGAAGACGACUUGAUAAAACUAAUUGAAAACGUAAAAUUCCGGCGUCCUAAAGACCAAUUUCAGACAUCUUUGGCUAACGAUUUGAAGAAAAUUAAUUCAUCCCCCAACAUUUUCAUUUUCGUGGACAAAACUAGAAACAUUUACGAAACGUCACUGAACACAUACAACGAACUCUUACAUGAUAACAUCACGAAAACGUACAAACAUGGAUCAGAGGACUUCAUACAUGAAAUUGACUCCGAAUUGAAAGAAAUUGCGAGUAAGUUAGGAAUUGGCGACAGAAUUGAACGAAUGAAAAAACGCGAAGCAUUUAUAUCUUUAAAAGAUCACAAAGAAAAUUUCGAAAACAAUCCAAAAUGCCGACUAAUUAAUCCCGCAAAAAGCGAAUCCGGAAAACUAAGAAAGGUUAUUUUAGAUAAAAUUAAUUCCAAUUUGAGACAAAAACUAAAUUCAAAUCAAUGGAGAAAUACGCAACAAGUAAUUUCAUGGUUUGGCAAUAUAAACGAUAAAGACAGGCACAGUUUUAUUUCAUUUGAUAUUGUGGAUUUUUGCCCAUCUAUUUCCGAAAAACUUUUAAAUGAAGCAUUGGCCUGGGCUUCGGAUUUGACUACUAUUACCGAAAACGAUAUUUCAAUAAUAAAAUAUGCAAGAAAAUCUCUACUUUUCGGCAACGGCAAAUUAUGGACAAAAAAAGACGGAAGCAACAGUUUAUUUGACGUCACUAUGGGUAGUUUCGACGGCGCUGAAAUUUGUGAGCUGGUAGGUCUUUUCAUUUUAAAUCACUUAGGUAAGAGGUUUGGCAAGGAAAACAUCGGACUUUAUAGAGAUGAUGGUUUGGCUAUUAUAAAAAGCAAAUCCGCCCGUUUACUAGACAAAACUAGAAAAGAGCUACACAAAAUUUUCGAGCAAUUUGACCUUAAAAUCACCGCCGAAGUAAAUAUGAACGUGGUAAAUUUUUUAGAUGUUACUUUCGACCUGAUCAACGCAAAACACAAACCAUACAGGAAACCCAAUGACGAUCCAUUGUACAUCCACAGACACUCAACCCAUCCACCAAGCAUUACAAGACAAUUACCUACAGCUAUCAACAAACGCAUUGCACUUCUCUCAUCGGACGAACAAACAUUUAAGGAAUCCACACCUAUUUACCAGAACGCUCUUACACAUAGUAACUUUGAUCAUGAAUUUACGUACACUGAGAAUGCACCGCAACGGACACGUAGGAAUAAGCAACGCAACAUAAUUUGGUUCAACCCACCAUUUAGUAAGAGUGUUAACACGAACAUAGGACGGGAAUUCUUAAGUUUAAUUGACAAACACUUCCCGCUACAGCACAAACUACACAAGAUUUUUAACAGAAACACUUUAAAAGUAAGCUGCAGUUGCAUGAACAACGUUAAGUCUAUAAUCACCAAACACAACGCACAUAUAAUUAGGAACAGUCAAUCACAGAAUACGGAAACUGACAACUGUAACUGCGACAACAAAAACACUUGCCCACUACCGAAACAAUGCAUGACCAACAACAUUAUUUACAAAGCAACAGUCACAACGAACAACAUGAACGACACUAAACACUACAUUGGUAUGACAGCGACUACAUUUAAGGAACGUUACGCUAAUCACACUUCAUCUUUUCGUCAUAAAAAAGACUCAAACAAAACGGAACUUUCGAAACAUAUUUGGAAAUUAAAAGAAAACAAUCAGGAUUAUACCAUCAAAUGGUCAAUUUUAAAACACGCUAUUUCGUACACAGGGGGAUCAAAACGCUGCAAUUUAUGUUUGGAAGAAAAAUUUUGCAUUUUGAAAGACAUAAAACAAAGACAAUUUACUCAAUAAAAGAAGCGAAAUUUUCGGCAAAUGUCGUCACAAAAACCGGUUUCGAGUAAACAAGGUCGUUAACAAAACCUAAUGACCCAAGCAUUCAUUGUUUCACCUAAGCAUUGUUUCGCCUACACGCAUUCCGCACAUUCUUUCGAUAGCAUAAAAGCAACCUACAAUUUCGAAAUUAUUCACCACCUGAUGAUUCCUAUACGGAUGAAACAGACUGUUGUGGUUUUUGAGGUAAAACGAAAAACUAUAUUACGCUCUAUCUAUAUGGUAUUGAGCACUGUUUGUGUUUCGUAAACCAAAAUCUUAAACUAUAUAUAUAUAUAUAUAUAUAUAUAUAUAUAUAAUUUUAAGGAGUUGAAUCAAGUCCAAAAGAGUUAUUCUGUCACGAAAAACGGUGACAGAAUGACACUUUUAGAGUUGAUUCAACUCCUUAAAAUUUACAGUGUAUAUAUAUAUAUAUAUAUAUAUAUAUAUAUAUAUAUAUAUAUAUAUAUAUAUAUAUAUAUAUAUAUAUAUAUAUAUAUAUAUAUAUAUAUAUAUAUAUAUAUAUAUAUAUAUAUAUAUAUAGAUAUAUAUAUAUAUAUAUAUAUAUAGAUAACUUGCUUGGUUGUUGAAGCCAAAACGAGUACAGUGCUCGAUGCGGGAAAUUCGCAGAGCUUAAUAUGGUGUUCAAAAUGAAAAAAAUUAAAAAUAAAAAAUUUUAAAAAAUUUAAUGUGCUGCUACUUAAGUUUCACGUAUACCGGCUGUCUGACGAUCGGUAUACGUGAAACUUAAGUAGCAGCACAUUAAAUUUUUUAAAAUUUUUUAUUUUUAAUUUUUUUCAUUUUGAACAACAUAUUAAGCUCUGCGAAUUUCCCGCAUCGAGCACUGUACUCGUUUUGGCUUCAACAACCAAGCAAUAUAAUAUAUAUAUAUAUAUAUAUAUAUAUAUAUAUAUAUAUAUAUAUAUAUAUAUAUAUAUAUAUAUAUAUAUAUAUAUAUAUAUAUAUAUAUAUAUAUAUAUAUAUAUAUAUAUAUAUAUAUAUAUAUAUAUUUAAUAAUUAUCUAGAGCAGCGUCGUCGUCCCAUACCCCCACCAAGAAAUCGAAGAGACGUCCCACCCGACAACGUCCCACCUGAUACUCCGCCUGACGAUGAACUGUAUGCGGAGGUAAGUGACUAUAAUCCUGGUGGUGCCGCAGGAUAUUCCUCCCAAGUUGAUGAUUGUGACAUAUCGUUCCAACCGGAUGACCACAACAAGAACCUCGCGCAGUUACAUUCUCAAUCAGCAUUCGAAACUGAGCAAUCCCAUGACUCCCACCUUUCUCAUUCUCAACCGGCAUUUCAAAAUGAUGAAUAUUCUGAAUGUUAUGACAGUCCCUAUGAAUUGGAUCAUGAGUGCGCAAGCAAGUCUGGAGAUGAAGAAUAUUUCUCCGCUACCAAUAAUGUUGGAAUAAGAGCUGAAAAAAAUGAGGGAGAAAGUUUAUCACAAAACGACACCUAUGAGAAUUUGGACCAAGCCAGGAGAGAAGUGCGAAAUACUUACGACUACUUGUACAGAAACGAAUACCAAAGAACAAUUUCAAAUGGUACUGUGUAUAAUGUGAAACAUUUCGUAUCCAUAGAAAUGUAUAGCAAUAUGAAUGCCUCGGGAUCGGUUCUUGGUCCUCACUCCUUUACCUGUCUUUGUUUUUUUCUUCAGCUAUCGACUUAAACGGGAAUAAAACCUUGACAUAAGGAAAGUGAGGAAAUUCAAUCAAAUUUUGUUUGGAAAUUUUCUGCCGAAGAACUAUUUGUACCAUUACAAAACGCCGUCUCUCCCAUGUAGCGACCAGUGCAACAGAUAUCCAGGCGUUCAUUCUCGAAACAAAAUAUACAUUAUUUAUUUUUAUUUCAUUAUUUAUUUAUUCUUUCCACAAUAAUGUAUACAUGCAAAGUUAACUAACUUAUACAGUUAGCAUGUUGUUUUCGCAAAGAAAGAGAGUUUCAUCCACUUUGGAGAAUUAUUUUCUUGAAGCAUAAAUUUACAGGUUUUCGUCCUUACAAGUUUUCGAAAAGCGAUAUCUCUAAAAUAUCAUUUAAAUAGCGAAUUGAUUUGGCAGCUCCAAUUUAACAAAAGUACGUUACAAGCUUUUCGUUCACCUAUAAAGAGAGUGUUUUGGUAUUGAAAACUGUUUUUUUUUCUUAGAAAUUAGGAAGAGAAUAACGCACUUUAAAAACAGACCAGAAGUAUUCAUAAACAAGUUUGAAACUACCCACGACGAAAUACGCACAGAUGAAGAAACCUUCCUUAUCGUUCAUCUUUUAAAGAAAAGUGAUUCAAAUUCACCAAUACUGGAUGGCAAUCUUGACCAACUGGCAAUGCUUGCCUGCUGCAGCAGUCCUCAUGUAGUAAAGAGAGCGCUUGAUGCUCUUCUAAAUGAAAUGUUUCUGAGCAUUUCCGAUUCCACAAGAAUUCGAUGUGGUAACAUACUGCAAGCUGAAAAAAUUCUUCGCGCGUCGUUUCAACAAUAUAUGAAAGUAGACCAUUUUAAGGCUAAAUCUCAUCGGAUGACGACAUACGCUUGGCUCAUCACGUUAGUCCUUCUCAAGUGUAGCAAACAAGAUUUCAUCGAAAUACAACCAGAAAUGAGAGAAUUUGACAGAAUCCUGGAUGCUUUGCAAAACGACAGGAACACUGCGGACGAAAUACUUUUCGAUACGGUACUUAUGUUGCCCGGGAAAGUAUUAAACGAAUUGUUCAGUCGUGUGGAAAAAAAGACUCAAGAGAAUCGCUAUGCCAGCGCAUCAAAAGGUGUGAAAACUUUUUGAAUAGCAGACUGGAGAAGGACGAAGUUAUGAAGCUUGGCAGAGCGGUCAGCGAUGGAG